AUGAACUCGCUGGUCUUCGGGGAGAUGGCCCGCGCCUUCUCGCCCGCCGCCGCCGCCGCCUCCUCCUCCUGCCCGCUGGGCCCCGGCGGUGGCGGCCCCGCGGCGGCCGGGGGUGGCCCGCCGGUGACGGCGGCGCUGCGGAACGACCUGGGCUCCAACAUCCACCUGCUCAAGGGGCUGAACGUGCGGUUCCGCUGCUUCCUGGCCAAGGUGCACGAGCUGGAGCGGCGGAACCGGCUGCUGGAGAAGCAGCUGGCGGCCCAGCAGAGCGAGCGCGACCGCCGGCUGCGCUACAAGACCUUCUCCCGGGACCAAGCGGUGCAGACGGACGGCGGGACCCCGCCGCUGGUGCUGCCGCCGGGCCCCGGGCACGGGGCGCUCCCAUCGCCGCCGCACUACGGGCGCCUGCCCGGCACCAUCUGGAGCUACACCCAGGUGCGGCGCACCGGCGGCGGCGGCCUGGAGACCGUGCAGGGCCCCGGCGUGUCCUGGGUGCACCCGGACGGUGUCGGGGUACAGAUCGACACCAUCACCCCCGAGAUCCGCGCCCUCUACAACGUGCUGGCCAAAGUCAAGCGGGAGCGCGACGAGUACAAAAGGAAAUGGGAAGAGGAGCUGACGAGAAGGAUGAGCCUGGAAUCUAUGGUGGAAACCUUGCGAGAGGAGGCACAGGAAGCAGAAGCUCUCCAGGAGGAGCUGAAUGAGAAGAUUGAGAGGCUGAAAGCAGAACUGGUGGUCUUUAAGGGUCUGAUGAGUGAUCCCAUGACAGACCUGGACACAAAGAUCCAAGAAAAGGCCAUGAAGGUGGACAUGGACAUCUGCCGCCGAAUCGAUAUCACGGCCAAGCUGUGCGAUGUCGCGCAGCAGCGCAACUCGGAAGACGUUUCCAAGAUUUUCCAGGUGGCCUCCAAGAAGAAGGAGAGGAAGCUGACAUCGGACGAGGAGCUGUCGGAGCAGGACGCUGACAACGGGAGGUUCUCGGACGACGAGGUCAGCUGCUCCCUCAACAUCACGGAUGAGAUGAAGAGGAUGUUCAACCAGCUCCGUGAGACUUUUGAUUUUGAUGACGACUGUGACAGUUUAACAUGGGAGGAGAACGAGGAAACGCUGCUGCUUUGGGAAGACUUCACCAACUGCAAUCCCUCCAUUGACCUCCAAGGAGAGGAAGAAAACCUGGGAAACUUGAUCCACGAAACAGAGUCUUUCUUCAAAACGAGAGACAAGGAAUACCAGGAGACAAUAGGGCAGAUAGAGCUGGAACUGGCCACAGCCAAGAGCGACAUGAACCGGCACCUCCACGAGUACAUGGAGAUGUGCAGCAUGAAACGGGGCCUGGACGUGCAGAUGGAGACCUGCAGGAGGCUCAUCAAGGGCUCAGCUGACAGGAAUUCUCCAUCCCCCAGCUCAGUAGCCAGCAGCGACUCAGGAAACACAGACGAAAUUCAGGAUGAUUUGGACAGAGAGACGGACGUGGAGCCCAUGGUCAGCUGA